AUGGUGGCUCGAGAUUGGAACGGAAAGUGUUUAUGGUGGAGUGUGAUGCAGCGUUCGGGCAGACCAAAAGUGAUUGAAGGCGAGGCUCAUGCGAUUCUUCAUGCACUUACCAAGGGUCGGAGUAGAGGCUUGGAAGAAAUUAUUGUUGAGAGUGAUUGUCUGCCUGUCAUUGAAUCCCUCACCAUAGGCAAUCUUCUGGAGUCAACUUAUGGUACUUUCUUGGAGGAGAGCCUGGCUCUGUCCAAAUCGUUUAGAAACUGCUCGUUUUCAUUUGUCAAACGAAAUGGUAAUAGACUAGCUCAUUUAUUAGCUGCUAAGGUGGAUUUUUCUUGUACUGAAGAUGAUAACCUUCCUUUUGAGUAUGGCGAAUGA